UGUAAAGAAAGGGCAGCCUAAGCCUCAGUAAACGUCAAUCGCGACUUAUCCUAUUCAGCUCAUCCGAGCUGUUCUAAUGCUCCAUCGAAAUCACCAAAACAUAAUACAACCAUCAACCGAUAUAUCUCAUUAACAUUUCUUCAAGAUGGGCGCUUUAUCAUAUGGCGCUGGAGGUCUUACCUCCUUCGUAACAGUCGUCGGACUUUACAUGCUAUUUACCGGUAGUGGUGAAUCCUUUAAUGUUGGAGCUUUCCUCGAAACGGUAUCACCAUACGUAUGGGCGGAUCUCGGUAUCGCACUCUGCAUUGGUUUAUCAGUUGUCGGUGCGGCAUGGGGUAUCUUCAUCACGGGCUCGUCUAUCCUCGGUGCCGGUGUUAAGGCGCCGCGAAUCCGAACCAAGAAUUUGAUCUCUAUUAUCUUCUGUGAAGUUGUCGCCAUCUACGGCGUUAUCAUGGCUAUCGUGUUCUCCGCCAAGGUUAACUAUGCUUCCGGCAUCGACAUGUACGACUCGAACGCGUAUUAUACAGGAUUUGCUCUAUUCUGGGCUGGGUUAACAGUCGGAGGAUGUAACUUGGUCUGUGGUGUUGCUGUUGGUAUCAACGGUAGUGGAGCUGCUCUAGCAGAUGCUGCUGACCCGUCACUUUUUGUCAAAAUCCUCGUCAUCGAAAUCUUCAGCUCUGUCCUCGGUCUCUUCGGCUUGAUUGUCGGUCUCCUUGUUUCGAGCAAGGCUAACGAAUUCGGCGAGAUCUAAACUUCGACUAUAUGUAAACAGAAUACAAUGUAAGAACAGAUGCAUUCACAAUCCAUCAUGGAUUGUUGGCGUUCGGAAAGACGGUUUCAAAUUGGGGAAAGUCACGGUUUGUCCAUUCAUGGGUAGAUUACUGUAUGUAUGUACUAAUAGGACAAACCCGGGCAUGGUCACAGUUCUUUAGGGGCUGCUGGAAUAGACACCUCCCAAGCAAACCUCGGCAGACCAGGAAGCAAGCCAAGCCAAUGUCUGCUAUCCAUCAACGCAGAACGUACCAGAAAGCUAAUCUAGCUACUUUGCGAAUAAUACUACUUAUCAAGAUUGUUCCGUUUGUUCUUGGCCUAAAUGAGUUUUGUAAUCGGAGAAUAGGAGGUUCCUCCGGGUUUACUAUCGAACCACUAUUGAGGGAUUAAGUAAUCCCUCCGAGAAUUGGUAGAUCCAUGAUCUCAACAUGAUGUCUUCACGUACCUAGGUAAUUAUCUAAUUACAAAUACACCUUAUCUAUGGUGAAAUUUUCGGGCGGCCAAUUCUCAAUCAAUUAUUCCUAAGGCUAAUAAUGAAACCUACCCAUCUAGAUAAUCUCUAGGUAUGUGAGGCUAUUCUUUACUUGAAUUGCUAGGUAGAAAAUACCCCUGCUUAAUAAUUGGAGCUCAGAUGGGUGCCAAGAUGACCCCUAUUGUAACACAGCCC